GACGUUCAAAUCCGCAAGGUUACCAGCAAGAGACAGCAAUUUGUUCAUGAAGGAUACGGUGGUAAUGUUGGUCCCAACGAUAUUGGUCUCAUCUACGUGGAUAAACCUUUUAAGUUAAAUGCUUUGACUCGUGAUGGAACAGCUGCAGUGGCCAAAGUGGAUUUACCAUCCGGCAAAUUCGAAUCAACUGGUAAGGGUAAGCUGUAUGGCUGGGGACGCGAUAACUCAGGAUUUUUACCCAACAUUCUGAACACUUUGGACGUAGACAUUAUUGGAUACGAAGAAUGUAAAAACGCUUUACCUUCCGAUGCUCCUAUAGAUCCUGUCAAUAUCUGUUCCUACACACCUGACGCUAUUGAUGGUGCUUGCAAUGGCGAUUCCGGUGGUCCAUUAGUGCGCGUCACUCCCGACGGUACCGAGCUAGUUGGCAUUGUAUCUUGGGGUUACGUACCCUGUACUGCGUCAGCACUGCCAUCUGUUUAUACUUGGACUUCUGCUUUCGACAAAUGGGUUGAAGAAACCACCAAUAACUAUGGCACGCCUAGUCAACUCGUUUAAAUUAUUUUGCCGUAAAUGAACAAAAUGAAAAAUUUUUAGUUAAAAAACAAAACAGAUUUGCGUAGUAGGAUUGAUCUUGAGUACUUUUCACCUAAAAGAAAUGUAUAAUAUAUCAAGCAAAUAAACUUUGACAUCAAUAAAU